AUGAUUAAAACGGGCCUGAAGAGCUUCCAGAGUUUUCACAGGCUGAGCUCUCUAGCUGGAAAAGUCCAGGAGAAUCAAUUGAGAAAUCUACCUUCUCCCAAGGAGUUGAGAAAGUUCCUGGAUAACUAUGUCGUAGGACAGACAACAGGAAAGAAGGUGUUGAGCGUGGCAGUCUACAAUCACUAUCUAAGGGUGAACGACAAGCAGAAGCGCAUUGAUGCGAAGUUACAACGUGAACUACUGGAAAAACAGCAACAAGAAGAUGACAAGGAUGAGCCUAUUUACACCGGCAGCAACGAGGCCAAAGUUGGUUUCCAAAAUUUACAAACGCAGUUAGCACGAGGGAUGGAUCCGAAGGACGACGACCUAGAACUCUCCAAGAGUAAUGUGCUCGUUGUUGGCCCUUCGGGUUCAGGAAAAACGCUUCUUGCUUCCACUCUAGCUCGCGUUUUGGACGUCCCAAUUGCUAUCACGGACUGUACACAAUUAACGCAAGCUGGUUACAUUGGCGAGGAUGUUGAGGUUUGCAUCGAACGCCUACUCAUCAAUGCUGAUUACGACGUCGCAAAGGCAGAGCGCGGCAUAAUAGUGUUGGAUGAGUUAGACAAGCUUGCGAAACCGGCAGCAAGCAUAGGAACGAAGGAUGUUUCAGGUGAAGGCGUGCAGCAAGCACUGCUUAAAAUCCUUGAAGGACACUCAAUUGAGGUUACAGUAAAGAGGCCCAUCAACAAGAAGAAGGAUGGCCAAAACAACAACCAGGUCAGUGCUAAAAAAGACGAGACUUUCGUGGUGGAUACCUCUAACAUCUUAUUCAUGUUAAUGGGUGCCUUUGUUGGACUGGAUAAACAUGUUGUGAAGAGAAUAAACAGGUUGAAGGCCAUAUCCAAUGGAGAAACAAUUGAAGACAAAAGCGAAGAUUCUAAACGACUAAGAUUCAGCAAUACUAUCGAAAAAGUUGAGCUCUCUAAUGGAAAAAAAGUAUCAGCGCUCAACUUGGCUACCCCGACUGAUUUAGUUGCGUAUGGUUUAAUUCCAGAGCUUAUCGGGAGGGUCCCCAUCAUAACAGCUUUAGAACCCUUAGAAAGAACCGAUCUAUACCAUAUUCUGAGAGAGCCUAAGAACGCACUUUUGAAUCAAUACGAGUACAUUUUCAAGCAGUUCGGUGUAAAACUGUGCGUAACAGAAAAAGCGCUUAUGAAGGUCGCCCACUUUGCUCUAGAUGAAGGGACUGGCGCAAGAGGAUUGCGUGGAAUCAUGGAGCGCUUGCUCUUGAAUGUCAACUACGAGUGCCCCGGGUCUGGCAUUUCAUAUGUUCUUGUGAACGAAGAUACUGUGAAAUCACUGCAACUUUCUGAGCACUCUUUGUCAACUCACGUAAAUGCCAAAUAUUACUCUCGGGGCGAAAGGGACAAAUUCAUCGAGGACGUUCACAAAGAAGACUCUAAGCAAGGGAGAGAGCUUGACCGUCUCUAUGGGAGAACGGCCACUCUAGUGCGAGAGGGAAACGUAGAUCAAUGUCCAGAAUAG